AUGGGCGGCGUAUGCUACCUGCGUUACGAUGACACUAACCCUGAAAAUGAAGAAGAGCGCUUUUUCGACGCAAUUCUAGAUAUGGUGCAGUGGCUUGGUUUCACACCGUACAAAAUUACCCACGCAUCCGAUAAUUUUCAGCAACUAUAUGAAUGGGCGCUCAAGUUGAUCGAUCUCGACUUGGCUUACGUUUGCCAUCAGCGCCCAGAAGAACUUAAAGGUUUCAAUCCCCCUCCAUCGCCUUGGAGAAAUCGGCCGAUUGAAGAAUCGAGACAGCUUUUUAUUGAUAUGAAAAAUGGCAAGUGCUUAAAGCCACAAACUAGAGAGCCUAACGCCUCCGGCAAGAACCUACUACGCUCUUCCUACUACUGGCUCUGCAAUGCUCUGGACAUCUACUGCCCUGUCCAAUGGGAGUACGGUCGCCUGAAUUUACUCUACACGGUCGUUUCGAAGCGUAAGAUCCUCAAACUAGUAAGCGCAGGCAUUGUGGCCGACUGGGAUGACCCCCGCCUCUUUACUCUCACCGCUCUUCGUCGUCGUGGCUUCCCACCAGAGGCGGUCAACAAUUUCUGCCAGCUGAUUGGCGUGACAAUGAGUCAGACAGUCCUGGAUCCUAUUGUUCUUGAGGCCUGCGUCCGUGAUUAUCUUAACAAGCAUGCACCACGUGUUAUGUGCGUUCAGGAGCCUCUGCGCUUGACAAUAGAGAACUGGAAGGAAAUCUGCGACAAGCCGGUUAUGGAGGCAAGCUUGACACCUUAUUUAUUGUCCAUAAUAUUGAGUUGUGUCUCUAGUAUUUUUUGA